UUCUGUCUGAAAUACAUUUAGCCAUCGCGUAUCCAUCUACAUUCUAUCGUCUGAGGGCUGUGAGGCCCCGUUGCAAGUCGGGUAACCGAACAUGUACGUACGUCGUAUUGCGCGAACGACGUAGCGCCUUCGAAACGUUGCCGCCGAGCACAGCCUAAUUUGGCUCCGGCCCGUUCCUUUCGCGGUUUUAUGCGUGCGAGUGAAAAUCCUACAUUCGAGGCGUAUCUGGCGGCAUCCGAGUGGUGUGGAAUAGUGUGCGUUUCGAGGCGGGUGAGAUACAGCGGUGCGAGCUGCCGCGAGUAAAAGCGAACGAACGAACGAACGUACGUGUGAGCGAGUGAGAACGAGUGAGAAGGAACAAAGUGGAGAGAUAAGGACGGAGUGAGAGAGAGAGAGAGAGAGAGUUGUGAAGAGUGAGAGAGAGAGAUAGGGCGCGCGCGCGCGCGCGCGUGCGUGUGUGGUUCGCGCUCGCGCCUUCCACCGUUGCGUUCCUGGGGCGACGCUUGCUGACUUUCCGCGCGACGCAUCAUACAAUUCGUAGCGUGUUCGUCGCUUUUAGCCGGCGCGGCGGUUCGCCUGGAACGGAAACCCAGAGGUGCGCCUAUCGGAAGAAAAAUCUCCAAGAUUGACUCUGCCCGUCACGCGCGACUCACGGGCUAAGAUGCCCGACGUAGCUGUCGUCAGCGACGUCAGCACCGAGGCAGCUAGACCACGUAGUCGGGCCACGCAUUUUCGUUUUUUCGCGAGUGGAUCUUUUUACACCUGUGGAAAGCCUGUUUGCGCCGGCGAUUACACUAGCACACGGGCUUCAUUCUGAACCAGUGUUAUUUUUAUGAUUGUCGCCAGGGAGCAUGCUUGGGAUUCCGGAGGGACAUUCGCUUAAGAGACAAUUGCGAUUCGUUCUACAGAUACGACGAGACGUUUGGAUGGACAUACAGUAAUAGUUGCUGAUUUGAAGUGUGAAUUCUGCGAAAUCUAGCGGCGGUUUAUAGAUGAGGAUUGCGUGUGCUGUGUAGUAUAUUCAACAGUUCAUGCAUUUGGAGAAUAAAAAAAUAUUGUUUGAAAGAGAAAUAUUGGGCUAUCUGAGACGCUGCACAACUUGCUUGCAUUAUCCACUUAUAUAUGAUUAUAAAGGAAUACCAAUCUUCUGGGCAUGUGCUAAUGUUCUUUUAGAGGAAUAGAUUUAAGGGAUCUCUCAAUAUUUACCAAUGUUGAUGUUAUAAAAGAAUCGAAUUGUAUAAUACUUUGCCAAGAUGUGUGAGCAAACGGAAAUCAAUUAUCUCGAUGGAGAUGUUGUUUGGGUAAAAUUGGGAGCAUGCUGGUGGCCUGGUCGAGUCAUCGGACUCGAUAAUUUGCCAGAAGAAAUACAAACUGAAUUUAAAAAGAAGCCAUUAAUAGCUGCUGUAAAAUUUUUUCAAGAAGACACUUAUGAAUUUGUGAAAAAUUACCAACAGAUCUACAAGUACAAUUGUACGCUUAAAGAUGAAUUUAUCAAAAAGGGUAUGGAUAAAUAUAGAACCAAGAGUAAAGAUGGUACCAGUUAUAUGGACAAGUUUCCAGUUGACGUGGAAAUGGCGGAAAAGUUAACAGGAGGCAAUCCUGAUAUACUGAACCAGGAGAAAUUUUGUCCUGAAGAGAAACCGGACAUCUCCGCUCUGUUUGGUGAGAAGAAACUUCCGAAGAAAAAGCGCGAUCGCGAGGAAGGACAUAGGCGGAGUGAUGGCGGAGAUAUCGCGAGGAAGAUAACACAUCCACGCUUUUUGCGUGGGGAGAGCGAUCACGAGGUCCGCAUUCGUCAACAACCAAAUAGUUUACCGUCGACUCCGAUUAAUGCAGGUUCCCCGGUGUAUCGCUGUCAUUUCUGUAAUUUUACUUCUUCGCGCGUUAACGUCAUUAUUUGUCACAUAAAAAGUCAUCGAUCCGACGACUCACCAAUGCCACAAUUAAAGGUAAAAACGUACUCUCCGUCGCGUGGUAGAAUUUCUGAUACAAGUACACCAAAACGAAAAUACGUGAAGAAAGAUAAAAGUCAAUCGAGUAAAAAGAAGACCGAGAACAGACUGGAAUCAAUUAAACGGAAAUUCUCGAAGCAGACCGAAAAAUCCAAUAAGAAAAAGAAGAGCGAUCCUGAAUUACGUGAAAAAUUGUUAGCCGACUGGGAUGACGAAUCGGAUGAAGAAGAAACGAGUGUUGAUGUAAAUAAUUCUCUAAAUAGUAGGUUAAGUACUUCACCUACAAAGAAUCGGUCAAGCACAAGUGAUGCCAAGGAUUGCCGCGAGACAAAUGCUGAAGCCACGGAGAAUAAUGAAAUUAUAGCAGAAACAGAGAAACUACUUAAGGAAACUGAACAAUUAUCCUCGAUACAUAUGAUGCGGGAUUCAUUAGACAAUUUACACUCUUCAAAAAACAUACAAUUCAGUUUCGACAAAAAGUCCGAUUUUGAAAACUCCGAAAAGUCUACAAAGACUACUGGCAGAUCUAAUGAAACGUUAAACAAGUCACAAAAGAGAGACACUUCAAGUUCUGAUAGUGAGAGCAAGCAUAUUUCCGACAAAGAUGACAAAAAAUCACGACUAUCGUGCUUCGAUUUUGAUGAAGAUGAUUUGAGCGAGCCUUCUAUACCGCCGGUACGAAAAAUUCCCAGAGUUUUCGGCGAGAAAAAUUUGUCCUUGAAAAAAGAAAUUAUCAAGGAAUUCGAAAUGAGUCAAGCUCUGAAAAACGAAAUUAAGAGAGAAGCCGACAAAGUAUCUGAAUUAGGUAAGAAUAUGGAAUUUAAAGCUGACGAAAUAAUGGAAAUAAUACAAGGUAGAGACAAUCGACAAGAGAAGGAAACUAAAUUAAGCGAAAAGCUUGAUGAGAGUGCACUUGAUGAUAGAACCAAAAAAAAAGAAUCUAAUGAAGAUAAAAAGGAAGAAAAGAAAUCUAAGCAAUCCGAGGAUAAUCAACAGAAGUCUAAUAUUAACACUUGCGAUAUGGAGGUAGAGAUUGCGAAAAAAUUUCAAGUUGAGAAAGGAGAUGGUGACAAUGGUCAUUCUUCGAGAGAUACAAAGGAUAUUGAAAGGAAAUCCAAGACUGCAUCCAAUGUACCAGUAAAAAGAAACAAAAGGUUUGAAAAAGACGAAACAUCUAUCAAAUCUGGCCAUGAAAAAUUACCACAGUCUGAGAAAACUGAUUCAGAGGACGCGAUCGUCGAAUCUAAUGACAGCGCUUCGUUGAAAGAAGCGGACGACACUCUGUCGGAACGAUUUACCACAGAAACUGAGGAUGAGACCGUGUCGGAAUCUGCAGAAACUGUACCUGAACAAAGUGAAAAUUCAGAUACUGAUAUGUUGUUGGAUCAAAGUGUUGAUAGUCUCUCGGGAAAUAUUGGCCAGACAUUAGUUAAAAGAGGAAGAGGGCGACCACGCAAGAACGCGAGAUCGGCUAGCAAUACUAGUGUGAAUAAAAGUCCAAAGACGAAAGCUAACAGAGGCAACAAGAGAAGUCGUGUGAGCGAAAGGAUUGAAAUUGAACGGAAGACUUCGGAUUCCGAUACGGAUCGUUCUUAUAGCGGCAGGAGACGCAAACCAAACAAGAAAUAUUUGCAAUCCGAUAUAUACGUUCAAGAUCCUGAUUAUAAGACGUUCAGGACGGACGAGAGCCAAUCUGAAAGUGAAACUAAGGCUUCCGAAAGAGUCGUAAGCAAAUCUAGAAGAGGCAGACGCUCUAAAGGAGUUGACAAGAGGAGCAACGAAUUCGUCGCUCAAAUGGAUAAGCAAGAAAUAGAAGUAUCCGAUCAAACGUCGACUGUUGCGGAAAACAAUGUCAGCAUCUUAUCGAUCGAUAUAAAAAACAAAGCAUCUGAGAAUAAAAAGGAAGAAGAAGAAGAAGAAAGAAAAUCUGAAGAGAUAAAAUGCGAUGUACUCAAGGAACGAGUAACAUCUUUGGCUGAAGUAGCUACUGAAAAAGUUGACAUAGAUGUAUCUUCGAAAGAUGUAGAAAUGACAACAGCAUUUCCGAAGUCAGAAGUUACGAAUAAAAGGGAGAAAGGGGUAGGACUUGACGUAGAUAAAACUGUGAAGGAAUCUGAAACGGAGAAGAAAGGUUUAUCAAAGCAAACUAAGGGUACCGAGGAAGACUUUAGAGAUCACGAAAAGCCAUCGAUCGUGGAGCAAACUGAAGAUACUGCCGAUAAGGUUGAGAUACAACAAGAUGCCCUGAAAACGAACGUAGAUAUGCUGCCACCGAAGAAAUCUCAAAUUAAAAAAUUUGAAUUGUCGCAAAUAGAUUUUUUUGACGUAGAUAUUCAAGCUAAUAAAAGGGCGGAAGCAGAGCCUGAGCUUGAGCCUGAAUGUAAAGUUGAAUCUGGACUCAAAAUUGAAUGUGAGAUCGAGCCUCAAUCUGAAUCACGAAAUAUUGAAGAAAAAAUAAAUAAAAAAGACGAGAUAAAAGCGUCAAGCAAGGUAACAGAAAUUGACCAAUUUUUGAACGAACAGCGAAGAGAUCUGCAAAGCUCCGAGCUGCAGAAAAAAAUAAAAAAAUCAGAUGUAAAAGAACAAGAGGUGCAAUCGAUGAAGGAAGAAGUGUCGCAGAAGAUGCAAGAUGUCAAUCAGUUUAAAUUGAAGUCACCGGGAAAAUCACCUAAAGCAGACGAUGCGAGAAAUACAUCAAAGAGUCCAACGAAAACGUUAAUCGAGCAACAAUUGACACCCAAAAAAUCCCCAAUGCAAACGAGGUACAAAGGUAAAUUUACUCCAGAAACAGGUAAAGGAAGAAAAGACAAAGACUUAUUCUUGGAAGAAAGACCGGCCAAUACAUUCCAGGAGGCUUUCCUGAAAACUUUACAAAUGGAUAAGAAGAAGAUUACAGUUGACAGCGCUGAGGUGUCAACCAAGGGAAAAAAGGAGAAGAAGGCUAUCAAAAGAAAAGCUGAAGAGAUUGAUGCGAGUAUCGCUGCUGCAUCUGCACAAAGUAAAAAAAUCGACAAUUUAAACAAAGAUUUGGCGGAGAUUUCUAAAGAUAUUCAAACUGAAGGAAACGUCCCGGUUGCGAGUGAUGUUGAAAAUGUUCAGGUGGUUGUCGGAGAAAAGCUUGAGAUUGACACCAAAAUUGGAGCUAAUGUUCUCGAAACUGAUGGAUUAUUGACCAGCGAAUUUGUUAUCACAUCUAAAUCGGAAACACUUCCCGUUUCCGAAAAUAACGCCAGUAUCUCGAGUGUCAAAAUUUUGGAUGAAAUCCCGAAAACGUCCAUAGCCACGUCGUCUUUAUCGUCUGAUAUCAGCGUACCAGUAAAGAAACGUGAGAUGCCGCGAAUAAUAGAGAGUGUUACGUUGACUGAACCGGUGCAAAUUCUAAAGACAAAGUUACUCGAUAAAGUACCGCAGAAGAGUAUUAAGCACAAGCUCGAAGCGGAUAUUACGAAGAAGAAUGAUCAAAAGAGUGGGCCGAAAGCAAAGAUAAUUAAAAUAGAAACACUGCCAUCGAACAGCAAGGUGAAAACUGCUGCUAUAAAGUCCAGCCCGCACAUAUCUCUGACUAAAAAGCUUCAAGUAUUAAAGACAGAGGAGACAGAUGCGCUUCUGGAGGCGCAGAAUAAAGAACAAAGUGCAGCUACAUCGCAGACUAUCGUGACUGCGCCGGUAACAGAAAAAUACGUACAACAGAGUGCUCAAAGUCUCGCUGACAUGGAACUGGACAUCAACUCGAUGCCAUUCGUCCUCAGCGAGGACGUGCUAACGCCAGAGAGCAUUGAACAGAUGCCCGUUGUUAUAUCUUCCAUUAUACCAGCUUCCAGCUCACUAUCACCGACCACGCUCUCCUUUACUUCGACCACGCAGAUAGUGUCGCCCACUCAACAAACUCAAUUCAAGAUUGCGAACGAGAGCACGGCGGCGGCGGAAACGUCUGCGUCGCCAACAAAAAAGAAGAGCGGUGUGCCAGCAAUAUUGAAGACCAAGGGCAAAGCGAAACCAACUGUCACGAGCGUUAAACCGUUGAUUCACCAACCGCCAUUCACCGGUGGAGUGAAAGGCUUGAAAUUUCAAAGCGCUCAACCUGCCGGUAAAACGCCAGCCCUCUUGACGCCGAAAGGUACCACUCCUGGAAAAUAUGUCGUCGUGCAGACCGCGGGUGGCCAACAACUGCGUUACAGUGUUCAAGGCAAGUCUGGUACUCAACAGAAAAUUGCCAUUUCAACUAGCGGCAAAACAGCGGGCAACGCGCAAGUGAUUCAACAAGGUGGCAAGGUCGUUAUAUUGACGUCGGGACAGUCUUGCCAGACUAAGAUGGUGCCGUUGAACAUUUCCAAGACUCUGAGCGGCAAAGUACAGAGGAUCAUGACGAGCAAAGGUCAGCUGCUGUGCCCAAUUAAUCCACAAGGUGGUAUAAUCGCUACCAAGACCAUUAUCGCGCCAAAGGCUGAUACCGUCGCGGCCGCUAGCUCGCCUACCACGUCCAAAUUGACCACCAGUGGUCAUAAAAUCAUCAAUACGCAGGGCAUAAUCACGUCCAAGGGCGUGCUUACUCCAAUUUCAGGUACUAUCGCGAAAACAGCGUUGCUAGGCACGUUGUCCCAGGGAAUUCUCACCAAGGAUGGCAUCUAUACUCCGAUUAGCGCUUCGGCUUUGAGCGGGAAGACGAUCAUCGGCUCGAAGGCUCUAGUUACGAAAGGUGGCGCGACUCUUUUGACUCCCCAAGCUCAAAGUUUAAGUGGCACGAAAGCGAUCUUGACCCCGGUAUCUCAAACCAUCACCGGUAAAACCAUAUUGGGCACGCAAGCUGUCGUCAGCAAUAAAGGUACCAUCCUGACACCGAUAACCGGACAACAGGUUAAAGCCAUCGCUGCUAAGAGCCCGGUUAAAGGAGGCAAGGUGCAAUAUCAGUUACAGCAAAAGGUACAGCUGCCGAUACUGCAAAAGUCUCCGAAGGUGCCGCAGGUAACGGCGGCCGCAGGCUCGCAAACAAGGGCGUCACCAUCUGUAAAAUCACCAACGGGCAGCACGUUGAUUCUUCAAAACACCGCCAGCACCGGUACGGUAUCUCAGAAAAGCCUGUCACAUGGUAAGAAGAUCAUUAAGCAAACGGUGAUGCAACCAGGUGCCACCAUUCAAGGCAUCGUUUCGCCGAGCGAUACGCAACAAACGGUGACAAUGGUGCAGUCGAAAGGCAAAGCCGCUGUGUCGCCAACUGUACAAAAAGUCAUCAUUCCUCGAACUGGCAGCCGCCAGACGAAAACUCAGCAAAAGAUUGUUGUCCAGAAAAUACAAGAGCCGACUUUGUCAGCGGUGCAGAGCGCUCAAACGAAGCAAACGGCCGUCGCGACCGUUCCAACCGCCAGUGCGCCAAUCGCCACCAAAACGGUCGCCCAAUCGAAACUAACGACUCCCACAACUUCCAAGUCCUCCGUCAGAUCUCAGGCCUCGAGUAAGACGCAGAAAAAUCUAUCGAACAUCGCCGUGAACUCGAUGAGCACCGCCACUACGUUGAACGUAAAUGUCGCCGCGGCCAGCGUCGCUACUUUAUCCUCGUUGGAACCAAUCGACGCGGAAAAGAAGGCAAAAACGGAUCUCCAGCUUGUCCCGGGUACUCUUCGGAAGGAACAAGAUAAAGCUGGAAAAUGCGACGCUGAAAAGGUGGAAGAGCCGAAGGUGGCUGCGCAGCCCCAGAUCAUGGCACUGCCGACAGAGAGUGGCGAUGGCACGCAAACUUACGUGUUGGUGACGAUAGACGAACAGGGACAGAUACAGCCACUCGAUAAUAAUGCUCUCAUGUCGUUGGAAGGAACCACGCAGAAUCCGGACGGCACGAGAACCUUGUACAUUGAUCCCAGUUCUCUGGGAGAGGCCGGAACCUUGGACAACAUUGUUCUUCAAUUCGACAACAGUGUCUUGCCAAACAUUCAAACCAGCGUGACAGAGGCUAGUCAAACGACGAUCGUGAGUGAGAGUUUUCCCGCGUCGGAGGUGAUACAAACGUCGAAUCAGGAUAUCUUGGCGGCCGCUCUCGCUAACACGGACUUUCAGCAGGAGAUUAAUUUACCAGAGAAUCAAGCGAGCAGCGUCAUGACCCAAACCGGUCUGACUCAGACGAGUCUCAUCAAUCAGACUAUCCUGCAGUCGACCAUCAUACCACCCACAGAACCGAUAUCUUCGCCUUCGGUGCUGGAGACCUCGCUGACUCUGAAUCAACCGAUUAUGACGCCGCUCGAAGUACCGAGUAAUCUGCCAAUUCAGUCAACGGAUCCGACUCCCACGUCAGUGGUCUCUACUAUCCCAUCCUCUCUCGAGCUACCGGUCACCAUUACGAAUCCUAAUAUUUCAUACAUAUCCGCCACGGGAGAGACACAGAUUCAAAUCCCCGGUAACUCGAUGCCAGACAUCGGUGAGAUUAUGGAGAAUUCGGCGACAGUAGCGAGCGGAGAGAUGGAUCGCACCGAGAUUCCCACGAGUACUCAGUACUUGGUGAUUCCGAAUCUAGAGAAUAACAUUGCGGUGGCCGCGGAGACGCGGAACGUGCAAAGCGCCGAGAUCGCGAUCGCACCGUCAACCUCGUACACAGUCGCUAUGUCGAACAGCAUAGUCCUGGAGAACCCGCAGAUACAAACUACUCCGUCGAUGCCGAUCAUCGAUGAUACGUACGCGGAUAAUUCGCAAUUAACUACAACAAUUGUCGCAACCGACGAGCAAACCUUUGUGGAUGUGCCAGUAUCGGAAAUGUUGGCCCCCAAGGCAUCGGAAAAUGCGCAGGAUAUUCCGACGGUAACGGCAUCGGGAGUGAUUAUUUCCUCGCAUCAGAUUUCGGUCUCUUCGCAAAAACCGAUCACAUCGACCAACAAGAACUUGAAUGAAGAGCAGCCUGUGACGUUGCAAGAGGUUUACUCUUCUCAGGAAAUUCCUAACACAUCUGAAGAAUCACAUCUGCUUCUGCAACAAUCGGUUAACGAAGAUACGGCUUCGAGCACGAUGGAAGUCACACGAGAAAUGGAAAAGAAAAACAAAGAGAACGAUACAUUGAUAACUGGCUUAUCGACAAUAGACGAAACCACCUUGAUCACGUCCGAAUCUAAUUCGCAGAUAGAAUCCAUGGACACGCAACAGCUGAGCUUCGAGGUGACAGAUUCGAGCGAACGUAAGACCGCGAGCAAAUCGCACGAGAAGAACGUGAUGAACAAGUUGAAACAAUUAACGGUUUCCGAAGAAUCUAGCGACAAAGCUAAGUUGGUGGACCAGCAAGUAGGAGGAGCAGGCACAUCGAAGCGAAAAGAGGCUUUGCAAACAGCUUCGCGAGUUUUAUCAGCCGAAUCGUUCGAUCCCUCGAAUGGCACAACUAUGGAGCUGGACGAAGCGGUCGAAUCAGAUCUAUUCGCCGGAAGCACCAUUGGCAAACAAAGUGUGAAGGACUGUCAGAGGGACGAGCCGUCGUCGCAGGAGGAAUCCGACAGACGUCGUCUACGCCAGAGCAUGGAACUGCGUUUCGAGGAGGAGGAGGAGGAGGAGGAGGAGCAGGAAGCGGUCGCGGAAGCUAGUCAAGAAACGCCUUCGCAGUCUCAGUACGAACGGUUCAACGUGUCUGUCAGUAGCGACUCUACGGAUCUACCUAGUCAAUCCGCUUCGAAAUUGGAGAGCUCAUCGGGCGAAGCCACGCAGUCGAUCGCAUACGAGCCGAUGGAGACGGAUGAGGAAGAGACUGUCGUGGCGGAACCACCGUCUCAGUCCUUUGAACAUACAAAGAUCAACGAGGCGUCUCAGUCGUACGAAGCUUCGGCGGAAUCCAAUGUGAACGCGCCGACGCAAUCCUUCAAUGAAAUCGUGCAAAGUCAGGUGGAGCGACCGAGUGUCGACGAGGCGAUCGACGAUCAGAGCUUUCCCACGCAGAGUUACGAAGUCGACAAGGGCGAAAGCAUGGCGGAGAAUCUAGAAACCGAUGCGGAGAUCAGUCAGGAGGGUAAUAUACCGUCACAGUCCAACGACGUCGGUGCCGAUGGUAUAGGCACAUCGUCCGUGUCGACAAAUAACUCCGGAUUGAAUGAAGAUGAAACAGCGAGCUCGUCCUACGUACCGGAGACACCCGAGAACCAAGAGCGCGAUCAGGAUCAGGAGAGUGCGAUAAGUACGUCAUCAUACGAGAUACCGCCAUGCGAAGAGCUCAAUAUUGCUUCGUCCAGCGUGAUACCGGACACGUCGGUCAGUGCGGAGCAUCCUAGCAUCCACGACAACGGCGUCCCGGAGAUCCCGACCUCUUCGUCGUAUAAUCUGAAUCCUGACAUCACGUCGACCCACCACGUGGACUCUGUGCCUAGUUCCAGCUAUGAGGACCAAGUGAUAGUCGAGCAGAACGUAUCGACAUCGUACGAAGUGCCGAUUUCAAUGCCCGGCCUAGAGGAGACUUGCUCGCAGAACUUUGUCACGGAGAGCAGCGAUCAUCAUCGGAACGAACCGUCGAGCUACUACGCUCAUCACCAGGAAGUGACGGCGAGUUACUACGAAUCCGUAGAUCAGGAUGCGAACUCUCGACUGGAGGAGGAUCCGCACGAGGAGCACGUCACGCCUGGUGGUUACUACGAAGGCAAUCCUCAAGAGGUAAGUCAGAGCUAUUUUGCUCCAAGUGAGGAGACGCCCAACUAUACCAGCCAAGGCAUCUCGCCCGGCUAUUACGACCCGAGUAGACCUGAGAGCGAGGCGAGCCAAAGCUACUAUUCCACGGAUGAUCUGGACGGAAAGACGGAGCAAUCGUCUUCGUCGCCGAACAUCGAGGCGUCGCAGAGCUUCUACCAGGAGAGAUCAAGCGAACUGAGACUGAGGCAGCAGGGUGAAGCCACGCCAACGUAUCCCGAGGGAUAUCCGGUGGACUACACUUUAGAGAACUCGCCGAUCGAGAGGCAUGAUCUUGUGGAAAGCUCAGUGCCAGCCACUAGGCCUAUGGACAGGUAAUAUAUCGUGGGGGGCAAUGGUAACGACACAAGUUCUCACUUGAAAUAAACUGGAUCCAGUACGCUUGGACGCACCCCGCGUCCAUAUACAAACUCUUGUGAGAAUCACUAUUUUUAAAUGUAAAUAUAAUACGCGUUAAGUUAAUUAAUAAUGUAAUAAUUAAGUGAGCGCUUAGAUUUAGACUAUAAGGUGGCGUUAGAUUUUAUUGCUAGGCUUCUUAGACGUACAAGCGAAUGCACACUUGCGUGUGAACGCACGUGUAUUUAUGCACGUUGAAACAAAAAGGAGACAAAACUGCGAAGUGGAAGAACUACGAAUGUAUAAGUCCGUGGAUUUUAGAAUUCGAAUAUUGCAUAGUUUCAUCACUGCAUUAAAAUAUUGUUGUGGUCUUGAUUUUAUCGUCAUCGACGUUUGAUAUAAUGAAGAAA